UUAUCAACGUGGCACUGGUGGUCAGGAGGAGGCACUAAUUCCCACAGUUGUGUGUCGCUUCACCUGCAGACAACUACCUCAACCUACGCCGGCUGCCUGAAGGGAACGUCGCCGCUGAUUUCUUAACGUCAAGAAAGCAUCGAGUUCUGAAGAAUCAAAUUAAGAAUUCCUUUGCCAAGGAAAUACCUACCUGCAUUAACCAAAUUACUCGAGGUACAGUCAUCCCUUGACUAUCACAAAUCCUCGCAAGCAUAGUACGAACAGUGAGCCAAAACCCGACAUGAUCUAAAGAGAUCUGUCGGGAGAUCACCACUUAUGAAUUACCACUUAGGAUCAAGAUCCCACCGCCGCAUAGUAAACAACUCACUGUCAUCUAAACCUGGCAAGACACCAGUCAAACCGGCCCACAGCCAGCACCACCAGAAAACCGACUCGGUCACAACCCACAAUCACCUCCGGGCAACAAAAUCACAUCCUCAGCACACUAAAACAUCGAAGACACUUCACCAUCAGUUGUCUACCAAAACUGCUAAAUCCUCCCACCUUCGGACGCACUCUAACACUCACCGGCCGUGGCUGACACUUAGGCCACGAGCAAUGUUUCAAAAGCUGAGAUCACCCACGGAAGCACAGAGUUUUCCAUAUAUCACCGAUAAGAGGGACGAGUUCCAAGUGAAGGGAACCUCCAUGCCGCUGUCAUCCUCGACUCCUGUGACCACCCGCAAGCUCUCACCUCUGCGGAGCCCCCAUCAGGACCUGGUAGAUCUCCUGAGCUGCCCUGUAUGUCUUGAAGACUACCAGGUGGAGGGGCAAGGCGGCAGGGAGCCCCUCUUCCUCGCCUGCCACCACAGUGUCUGCCGCGUCUGCCUACCCAAACUCAUAAAGGUCCAGCCGGGCAAGACGGAAAGGAACAACAAGGAUGUGGGAGAGCUGUCGUGUCCUGAGUGCCGCCUGGUGACAUUGGUGCCACCCAGCGGUCUCUCACAAAACUUCUAUCUCGUUAGUCUCAUCGAGUCUGGGAGGAAGAAGCCCAAAGAGCUAUCCAGGUGAGAGAAAGGAAGGAAACAGAUGUGGUGCAAAGAGUGUGAUUCAGUGGCGCUGGAGACCUGUGCUGGCCACCACCUCACUCACCUCACAGCUGUCCUCACCUCUGCCCUCACUACAUACACCACCACCUGCGCCAGGAUCACUGGACUUCUCCAGGUGAGGGCGAGGAAGAAGGGCGAGGAGGUGCAGGAGAUUAAGGAGGCGCUGGAACAGUUGGACAGAGCCUCCACCUCACUCAGGAGGCGUCUGGUGGCUCACCUGGACCACGCUACGCUAGCCCAGGCUACGGCCAACUCUCUGCUGCACGAGGUGGAGGAAAUGAACCGCCAGGUAGAGUAUGACGGGAAGCUGACUGAACAACCGGCCUUACCCGCUACCAGCACCAGCAGCUUGGGGAGUAGUGCAGAGAAGCCAUCAUCGACGUUUACGUCAAUCAUCAGGAAGCCCAAUUCACCCCUGAGUGAAGGAGUUAGAUCAGUAGGAAUAGGAAAAUCAGCUGAUGUAGAUAAAACAAGACAAGAGUUGGUUGCCAGCAUCAUGAAGAGUCAUUCUGAUACUGGUGACUAUAUAUACCCCAAACUCGAUCUCCGUAGCCUGGAUUUUAUUUCCCCGCUUAAAAACACGUCCCCUACCAGAACAGUACCGUCUGAGCUCCGCUUGGUUUCUAACAAAUCCAGCUGGACACCAUCUAGUUCGUCAACCCUCCGCAGUCCUACAGCUCAGCUUCCUCAGACCUCGAAUGACUCGUAUGACCAUCUGAACUGCGAAGAGCAAGAGAUGAGGAUAACUCUGCUGAAGCAGUGUGUGGCUUCCCUGGACGUCAUGGAGGCAUCUGUCAUUAAGGAUAGCGGGGCAAACCGUAACACACUCAGUCAUGACAAGACUGAUGGAGAUGGCCUCUCCAAGGAUGCCCUGCUGAGCAUGUUCCAAAAGGCACUCGAUACUUUAGAUGAUGAGUGAUACUGCUAAAAAAAUGAGAAGAGUUGAUUAAAGAAGAAACAGGGCUUGGACUAAGGUUAUUUCAAUUCCAAUUAUGCUACGUCGUUUCCACUUCCAUCCAUUCUUUUACCAUUCCCUCUCGUUUUCAAAAGUACAUCUGCGCCUCCGCCAAUCACUUAAGACAGGAAGCAACAAAUACUGACAAUGCUCGAAGCGUUUCACCCUUAAUAAAAAGUGGUGGCUUUUGUCAAGUUGCUUUACAGUGAUGAAGUUUAGGGAACAAAUGACAAGGGCAUAUAAAAAAUACAAUGAACACGGAGGUUCAUCUUUUUAUCAGUCUUGCCACACUUCAUACACAACGAAAUCCAACACACCAUGACACAGAAAGUAAAAGAUACAAUGGGUCUAGUAACACAACAGUGUAACAGACACAGUGAGUCUCAUAAAAAGAAGUUAAUGGGUUGUGUACAAGUCUCCAAUGCGGGCAAGAUGCAGAGUCACAGUGCAUAGACAAACAGUAUUCACGAG